AUGCUUGUAAUUACAGUUGAAUCGCUUGAGUCAUACCUACCUACAGAAUUCGGUUUUUCACACCGGGAAUCGUUCGCGCAGCGUUUUUCGGGUCAUUUCCGCGAUCUGUGUCGCAAAUGAAACCAGUGUUUUUCAGAAGAAGAUAUCGAAGACGUCGUCGGUUUACGCCAUCCGAGUGCUUCGCGGAUUUUUUUCAUCGUGUUCAAUCCGUCGGACCUCAGUCUGGUCACGAGACUUUUCUAACUUUAGUUAGUCUUCUAUUUUUAUUACCUAUAAUUAAGUUGUUUGUUUUCCACGUGGCUCUUUUUUUAUUAAACAUUUCAGAUAGAUCCCCGGUUAAAACUACUAAAAAGAUGCCCAGCCAAGGCGGAGGUGCGUUUUAAUUAUUUAUUGUUUUUGAUUUUUUAGGUCUGUCCUUGUAUAACAGUUUGAGCCGCUCGAAGGACGUCUUUAAACCCAACGAUUCAAAUGAGGUCAAAUUUUAUAUCUGUGGCCCCACCGUUUACGAUUCUGCUCAUAUGGGUCAUGCCCGAGCAUAUCUAUCUUUUGACAUUCUUCGGAGGGUGAUGGAGAACUACUUUAAUUAUAAUGUGAAUUACGUUAUGAACAUCACUGACAUCGAUGACAAGAUAAUCAAGAGAGCUCGGCAAUGUUUUCUAUUCGAAAAGUAUUUGAAGAAAGACAAGGAAGCGAACGACUUGAUCAAGGAUGUUACUGAAGCUUUGGUUUUGUUUAAUGAGAAAGCGGAGAAAGAGACUGACAAGGAUAAGAAGAAGAUGCUCACUGAAAUGGUAAAACUGAUGGUCCAGUUAGUCACCUUUUAGAUUACCCGAGUCAAUGAUACAGUGAAGAAACUUGAGUCGGAUGUUGUAAAGGCCAAGGGCGAGUCGAGUAGGGACCAGUUUGAUCAGCUUUUGAUAUCAGCCAAGGAUAUUCUCUCCGAUUGGUUGGAUUCCAGAUUCGGCUCUACUGUGAAUGAACUCUCUGUCUUCUCGAAGUUGGCUCGAACGUAGGUUUUGCUGCAAUAACAGUGUUGAACUUUCAGGGGUAUAUAAUAUGUUUUAUUUUUAGCUUCGAGAAGGAAUUUUGGGAUGACAUGAACAAUUUGGGCGUGAAGGAGCCGAGUGCUGUCACCAGGGUCAGCGAAUUUAUCCCAGAGAUCAUUGAGUAUGUUCAAAAAAUUGUCGACAAUGGAUACGGAUAUGUGGCUAAGGAUGGCUCAGUAUGUAUUUACUUUUCAUUUGAUUAUUUUUUUAGGUAUAUUUUGACACCGCCGCCUUUUCGGAAGACCCCAAUCAUUCUUAUGCCAAAUUGAUGCCCGAGGCAUUCGGUGAUACCGAAAAUCUUCAGAAACAUCUCAGGGAAGGAGAAGGGGAACUCAGUCUGGGUGCUGAUAAAGUGUCUGUAAGUCUUAGUUGUGAUAAAUGUAAUGAAUGAGUAAUAAAUUUAAUUAUUCAUUCGUUUCCAGGAAAAGAGAAACGCGAGCGACUUCGCUCUAUGGAAAUCGUCGAAGGAAGGGGAACCAUUCUGGUCUUCUCCAUGGGGGAAUGGAAGACCUGGAUGGCACAUUGAAUGCUCGGCCAUGAGUACAGCCAUUUGCGGACAAAAAUUGGACAUUCAUGCUGGUGGAUUUGAUCUCAAGUUUCCCCAUCAUGAUAAUGAAAUCGCGCAGGUCAGUGGAUUUUGAUAUUAUUUGACGCUUAGACAUCUCGUCUUCAUUUCCAUUAGAUCACAAAAACACUGUUUGCAAAAAGAAACAUUAAAAUUUUCGAGAAAUAAGAGUGAAGAAAUAAGAUCGCAACGGUCAUUCCGAAGCAAAACGUUAAAAACACAUUCCUCACUUUUUUUGAAAAAAUAGAAUGGAAAAAAUGAGGCCGACAUGAGAAAAAAGCUCGAGAAAGCAAAUUUAGCAUCUUUUUCAAAAUCUCAAAAUCGGUCUUAUUUCUUCAUUCUUAAUUUUCAACAAAAUGACAUAUAAACAGUUUUACCAGGGUUUCCGUUGGGGGCCAUUGGCGUCCGUGGGGGCCGGUGGUGCCGUCAUCCUAAAAUAUCAUCGAUGUUGGGCGUACAUGAUACGCUGACACUAUUAUCUUCAACUCAGAAAUUUUUACAAGGAAAGUACUUCUAUGGGGUAUGGAGUUCCAGGUCGGGACAUACGGUAGUUGUCAGCGAAUUGUCAACGUAACAAAAAAAAUUUACAUUUCGCUGACAAUUACUGUUUAUCAAAAAAUCGCAAAAUUUUUCUGAUUCAGAAUAUGUAUAAAUUAGCUGUACAAUUUUGGUGUGUCAACCAGGUUUUAUCAAUAAAUGCUGUGUGGCAGAGCGCUAGAUGGAGAAUCCGGUGUGGAUCCACCCACGGGUUCUAUCCCUUUUGGCGCAGAACUCCGGGCCGGGCUUUUAAUGUUUUCCAGGUCCGCCCGGAUGGCAGCGAUGCUUAAUACAUGCUAACAAACAAUCACUUACAAUUUCCUGUAAAAUACGUCACGAUAACGGAUAAGUUGGACAUUUUCUUUUUUUUUGCAUUUUACCUUGUGCACCAGUAUUGCGCGUUAAUUAAAUCCACCUGAGGCAAUUAAACGCAAAUAAGUUCCAAUAAAUCCCCGGCGUAUUUUUCGGAAAAAUUGUAGGUGAUUGUUUUACAUUGACCAGCGAAGUGUUUUUUAUUUUUUUAGUGUGAGGCCUAUUUCAAUUGCGAUAAUUGGGUGAACUACUUCCUACAUUGUGGUACUCUACGAAUCCAAGGCUCGAAAAUGUCCAAAUCGCUUAAGAAUUUUAUUACAAUAAAGAAAGCGUUGGAGAGUUACACGGCUAGACAACUUAGGAUCUUGUUCUUAAUGCACAACUGGACUGAUGUGCUCGAUUACAGUAAUGCUACCAUGGAACAUGCUCUGCAAUUUGAGAAAUUGUCCAAUGAGUUCUUUUUGAAUGUCAAAGAUCAUUUGAGAAGAUGCUGUUAUAAUUCCGAUGAUGUAAGUUUCAGUAUAACCGUGUUAUUUUUUCAGUAUUUCUCUAAAUUUGAGAAAUCCGAACUAGAAACAAAGAAGUUGAUUGAUGAAGCCAAAGAAGCCAUUCAUUACGCUCUCUGCGAUUCGGUGGAUACAAGGACCGUUAUCGAAAAAGUUAGGCAAAUCAUCGGCUAUUGUAAUCUCUAUUUGAAGGAAAAAGUAAGUACUGUUGACAGAGGAAGUACCCCAAGAGCGACGCUUUCAUUUAACUUUGCGUAGGCCUCUGAAAAUUUUAGCUCACACUUUCCAGGGGUAGCCAAAAUUUAUGCCAAGUUCAACCAAUAUGAGCGUCGCACUUGGGGUACUUCCCUUGUGAGUUUUAAUUGUAUUUAGGAAACAAAUCAAGUCGCUCCGCGUGUUAAAUUGUUGAGGGACACCGCCGUUUACAUCACCUGGUUGCUCAAAGUAUUUGGAGUUGCUCCUGAAUCCGAACAAAUUGGAUAUGGGUCAGAACAGAAGUAUGUUUUUAAUGGAUUUUCGUUUAUGAGCUUUUUUAUAUGAUUAUCAUUCGCUUGCUUCAGUGGGGAUGUCCGAGGUUUCGAAGAACGCUUGAUGCCGUAUUUGGAUGCCUUUGUGGAGUUCAGGGAGAAGGUCCGGGAUAUCGCAAAGAGGGAUAAAAUUGUGGAUAUCUUGAAGGAAUGUGAUCGUCUCCGGGACGAAACCCUUCCUGAGUUGGGAGUUCGUUUGGAGGACAAAAACAACCGAACUUGUGUGAAAUUGGUGGAUCGCGUGACACUAUUGAGAGAGAUUGAACAACUAAAGGCAAUGCAGAAGGCAAAAGAAGAAGAGAAAGAAAGGAAACGACUUGAGAAGGAGGCCAAGGAAAAGGCCAAAGCCGAAGCUGCGAAGAUUCAUCCCAAAGACCUGUUCAAACAAGGAGAAUAUGCUGGAAAAUUCAAAGAAUUCAACGAGAUUGGCCUGCCCAUCAUUGACGCUGAAGGCAACGAAGUGUCUAAGAAACAACUCAAGAAGUUACAGAAAUUUUACGAUGAUCACAAGAAAGUAUACGAAGCAGCAACAAGACAAACGGUCUAG